CUUUCCCAGAAGCUCACACAUGGCUGCUUCGUCAUCGGUUGCAACCCGAAUAGGGCCUCAAGUGUUCAUCAGCUUCCGGGGAGAAGAUGUGGGGAACCACUUCGUAAGCUUUCUCGACCCUGCUUUAAGAAGAGCGAAUAUAAAUGUUUUCUUAGACGAGAACGAGUUAUUGAACACAGACCUAGCUAGCCUGUUGACGAGGAUAGAAGAGUCGAAGAUCGCAAUGGUAAUCUUCUCAAAGAAUUUCGCCGACUCAGAUAGGAGCUUGGAUGUGCUGGCCAAGAUGAAGGAACUUAGGGAUCAAGGUCGUCUCAUAGUGAUUCCCAUCUUCUACAAUCUUGAUCCUUUGGUUGUGAAAGAACUUAGAGGAGACUUUGGCGAUAAGUUUAGAGAUUUGCAGCGCAGACAUCUACACCAGCUAGAAAGAACUCGGAAAUGGGAGGAAGCUUUAGUAACUAUUCCUGACAUAAGAGGCAUUCCCCGAGCAGAACAAAGUGACACGACAGAUUACCAUUUCAUAGAGUCAAUGGUUGUCCUGAUACAAAGAUUUCUGGAUCAUGUGGCCGUGAGAGGAAACCCAAGAGAAGUGAGCCGACAAUGAUGUUUCACGGUCCCUGCAAUGCAACUAGAAAGAGGAUAUGAGGGAUGUAUGCAAGCUUGGUUGGCAACGAGAUGAGGAGCUUUUUAGUUUUAUCAUCAAAUUGUUUUUGUUUUGAAUAUU